ACGGUGGCUGAGGCGGCGACGCCCGGUUCGAGUUCCCCCCGCGGCCUGCGCUGCUCGACGGCGCGCAGCCCCUGAAGGACAGAGGCCCCCCGGGAGGCGGCGGCAGGAAGUUCCAACCCUGAAGCGGUAAUACUGAGAAUUUAGCCCAGCGCCAGGAGGUACAAAAAAUGAAGCUGUUGGAAAACUCAAGUUUUGAAGCCCUAAACUCCCAGUUGACGGUGGAAACGGGAGAUGCACACAUCAUUGGCAGGAUUGAGAGCUACUCUUGCAAGAUGGCCGGUGACGACAAACACCUCUUCAAGCAGUUCUGCCAGGAAGGGCAGCCCCACGUGCUUGAGGCCCUGUCCCCACCUCAAACCACCGGGAUCAGCCCCAGCAGGCUCAGCAAGAGCCAAAGUGGCGACGAGGAGGGCCCCCUCAGCGACAAAUGCAGUCGCAAGACCCUCUUCUACCUGAUAGCCACCCUCAACGAGUCCUUCCGUCCUGACUACGACUUCAGUGCUGCCAAGAGCCACGAAUUCAGCCGGGAGCCGAGUCUCAACUGGGUGGUGAACGCUGUGAACUGCAGCCUCUUUUCUGCUGUGCGGGAAGAUUUCAGCGCCCUGAAGCCCCACCUGUGGGAUGCUGUGGACCAGGAGAUCUGCCUCUCGGAGUGUGACAUCUACAGCUACAACCCGGACCUGGACUCUGACCCAUUCGGAGAAGAGGGCAGCCUCUGGUCCUUCAACUACUUCUUCUACAACAAGCGGUUGAAGCGGAUUGUCUUUUUCACCUGCCGUUCCAUCAGUGGCUCCACAUACCCUCACCCUGAAGCGGGGAAUGAGCUGAACAUGGAUCUGAGCGAGGAUGAUGCAGAGGAGGAGGAGGCAGCCGGCCCCUGCGACGAGGACGGGGCCAGCAUUGAGGAGGAUAGGAGACAAGUGAUCUGCAUGUGACUUCUUGGGCUCCUUUGCGCCCCCUCUGAAGACAGCUCCUCCAGCGUGUUCCCCCAGACUAGCCCAGCGUCGUGUUGCCCUGCCUAUUGGCCCUGUGGAUGCUGCCUGACCAGCUGGUGCCUCCAGACUCCCAAGGAUGCUGCCAGCCAGUCCCUUUGCCCACCUGCAGGCUUUGGCACCCCUGCAGCACUGGAAACUUUGUCCAGCCCCCGAGAAGCACUUUUCUGUUCUAAGUGGCGUCAGAGCAAAUGCCCUCCGUUCAUCUGCAGCAGCAGCAGCAGCAGCAGCAGCCGCCAUGGUGGGGAGGCUGCCCCUGUCUGGGUUUGGGGCUGUGCCUCUCUUUCCUCAGGACGCUGGACCCUCUCAGACUGACCCUCCCUGGAGAUUUGUCCAUCAGUUUCAAGUGUCUGCUGACUUCCAUAUGCUACAACCUGCUAAAGACUGCACAACACGCAGAAGCUGGAUUUCCCUUGUUUUUGACCGCAAAAGACAUUGGUGCCGAGUGUCCUGGAUUGGCAGAAGGCGGGGUUUGGGCACCUUGGUGGUUUGGCUGCUUUGCUUUUCCCCAAGGGCUCAUAGAGUUUUAUUUUUGUAUUCCGGCCCAAACCUCUGUGCUCGUGUCUCCCCCGUCCACCCUCCCUGCACCCUUUCCGAUGCCAGCCUCCUUCCACCGGAUGCCCACC